AGAAAUUUUAAUGAUGCAAGGAGAUGGUGAUAAAUCACGUGUCGAACUUUUUAUUUCAAAAUAUGGUAACAUAUCUGAACAAGUUAAAGGUGCUUUGGAAAAACAUGCAAAAAUACCAAUUGAUGUUAGACCUUUAUACGAAAUCGAAAGGGAUAUUAAACAAAUUAUCGAUAAAUUGUAA